AUAAAAAAAAUUUAAAGAAUAAAUGAAUUUAACGGAUUAUUAUUUAAUGGAAACUUUCAGGUUGUGCUUCAGUUUAGCCCCAUUUGUUCUGGUUGUAACCCAGUAAUAAGCUGCUGUGUUUGUUUCUCCACCAGUGGAACCAGUAGAGACGCUGCAGCUCCUCCACGCCCACCACACAGGAAGUGAUGUCACUGUGCUGCUGGUAGCGUCUGUAGCUCAGGAUGCAGCUCCUGGUGGUGAAGCUGCUGGGCCUGCUGGGCCUGACCUCGCUGAUGCUGGCCGGCAUCCUGCUGCCGGUGCGCCUCCUGCUGGCCGACAGCGAGAAGGCGGGGCGCUACCACCGGGGCCUGGCGCUCGGAAACUGCUUCGGAGGAGGCGUGUUCCUGGCAACGUGCUUCAACGCUCUGCUGCCGGCCGUCAGAGACAAGGCGGCCGGCGUCCUGCAGCAGCUGCAGGUCAGCGGCGACUACCCUCUGGCUGAGACCAUGAUGAUGAUGGGCUUCUUCAUCAUGCUGUUUGUGGAGCAGGCAGUCCUGACCUUCAGGAAGGAGAAGCCGUCCUUCAUCGCCCUGGAGACGUUCAACGCCGGCGGAUCGGAACCCGGCAGCGACUCGGAGUACGACGCCCCCUUCCUGGGUGGCGGCCAUCGCCACGGACACUUUGGACCGGGCCAGCUGGCGGGGGCGGGGCCUCUGCGGCUGGCCGGCCUGGUUCUGGCGCUGUCGGCCCACUCGCUGUUCGAAGGCGUGGCGCUGGGCCUGCAGGAGGACGGCGCCAAGCUGGGCGGCCUUCUGCUGGGCGUGGCCGUCCACGAGACGCUGGCCGCCGCCGCGCUAGGCGGGACCUUCCUCUUCGUCACCUUCAUGGAGGUCCUGAGUCCGGAGCUGGAGCAGAGGAACGACCGCCUGCUCAAGGUGCUCUGCCUCGUCCUGGGCUACGCCGCGCUCGCCGCGCUGCUGCUCGUCAGGUGGUGACGGCAGGGCGGAGCCUCCGGGAUGGGGCGGGGCCUCUGGGAUGGGGCGGGGCCUCUGGAAAGGGGCGGGGUCUCAGAUAGGGGCGGGGUCUCUCUGCUCUCUCCAAUCGCUGUGGAGAGCAGGAACUACGACUUGAAUAAGAGACUUAAAGAGGGAACUCCUAUCCCUGACCUUUGACCCCUUCCCAUACGACCUGCAGGUGUUUGCUGCUCUUAUUGCAUGGCGCCUGCUUCCUCCUGCAGGGGGCGCCGGGCGGUGAGCCCACACAUGUUCUGCUGUACAGUCGACUAUCUGUGUGGUCGUCCUGUGAUCAGAAGGUUGUAGGUUCGAUUCCGGCUUCCUCCUGUUCCACUUGACCCCAAACUGCCUACCGAUCUGUGUAUGAAUGUGUGAGUGUGAAUGGGUGAAUGUGGCUCUAGUGUAAAGCGCUGAGUGGUCAGAUUGACUGGAAAGGCUCUGUAAGUUCAGACCAUUUAGUUCUGAUCCCUGAACCUCGUCUGGCAGGCUCAGAACCGUUCUACAGGUUCUGGAUCAGAACCGGUUCCAUACCUGAACCAGAACCCGAACACCCUCACCAUCAGAACCAAGACCUCCACCCUCUGUGACAUCACUUCCUGUUGUGCCUCCUGUAGAUCUGUUCGGGUUCUGGUUCAGACUGUGAUGUGUGAAGUAAAUGGAUCAGAACCAGGAACCAGACUGUGAUGUGUGACCUGUCGGAACCCGGAGGUCCGGUCAGACUCUGUUUAAUCCAGACAUGAUCUCUGGUCAUGUUGAGAUCAGCAGAAUAAUCUGUUGAAGGUUCUGAUUGAAGUUCCGGGUGUUUUAACAGAACUGAACUGAUUUAUUUAAAGGUCCAGUAUCUUGUAAAUCAUCUGUUUUUAUCAUGUUACAUUAUUAUUCCCUGCAGUUCUUUCAUGUUUGAGGAAUCCUUGCAUCUCCAUGGCAACCAUCCAGCUGUUAGAAACGCCUGGUAGACCUAGCCCCGCCUUCAAGGUGAAGCUCCUCCCCCUCUCAGCUCCUUCAGACUAGCCAGCAGCAAUUAGUUGAGCUCAGAGCAGCGCUGGUAGAAACGUUAAGGGGUUAAUAGAGGAGCCAUGUUGGGACGACUUCCUGGAGGCGGAGCUUCAGGAAGAGACAGGGACCCAAUUUCAAGAUAUGAAAUCAGAAAGUAAAAGUCAUAUUUGACAUGUAAAGGAUUUUUAUAACAAUUGAAGGUAACAGAGUUAAAAUCUGUCUGAGGAAGAUGCUGAUGGUCAGCAGGUCCAGUUCCUCUGGUCACCAUGCAGAGCAUCAGGGCUGAAGCUGAACAGCAGAACCAAAUCACCCGUUUCUGUUUCUAUAUUCACUAUAAAAUGAAACUUUAAUAAAACUUUAACGUUAACAGAUGA